UGACGCCACUGGCGUACAUGCGAAUAAUUUCUAUGACUACCUGUCAUCGAUUUAUUUUAGAAAUCCAGUGUUGAUAAUUGUGUAACCUUAAUCAGCUGUUUGGCAGUAUAUUCCGUUGGUUCUAAAAAUGUUUGCAGUAUUACCAAAGACUUUAUUAGUUCCAAGAACCAUCAAACUCAACACCGCUUCUUUAUCGGAAGCAAUCAAGAUUAUUUUUAAUGACAGGACGAAUAGAAGAGGUUACCAUGAAGUUGUUGGAGAUGUGCUCACACCAUCCCAAAUUAUGGGCAUCGAUCAUUUGAGAGAUCCAAGACUUAAUAAGGGUUUGGCCUUCACACUGGAAGAACGUCAAGCGCUGGGCAUACACGGCCUUCAACCUGCCCGUUACAAAUCUCAGGAAGAACAGGUGCAACUGUGCAAAAUGUCGGUGGAAAAUUAUCAAGAACCGCUCAACAAGUACCUGUACCUCUCCGAGUUGCACGACCGAAACGAAAAAUUGUUUUUCCGACUAUUGUCCGAAAAUAUCGAGCAACUUUUACCCAUCGUUUACACCCCCACCGUCGGCCUGGCUUGCCAAAGGUUCGGAUUGAUCUACAGGAGGCCCCACGGUCUUUUUAUCACAAUUAACGACAAGGGACACGUGUUUGACGUGCUCAAAAACUGGCCUGAGCCUGACGUUCAUGCUAUCGUGGUGACGGAUGGUGAAAGAAUAUUGGGGCUGGGAGAUUUGGGUGCUUGCGGCAUGGGUAUUCCAAUUGGUAAAUUGGCGCUUUAUACUGCUCUUGCAAGAAUCAAACCACACCAUUGUUUGCCCAUUUGCCUUGAUGUAGGAACUGACAAUGAGGCUCUCAUGGUAGAUCCCACAUAUGUAGGUCUGAGGCAGAAACGGGCUAGAGGAGCAGAAUACGACGAAUUCUUGGACGAAUUCAUGUCAGCCGUCGUGAAACGCUACGGACAGGACACCCUGAUCCAAUUCGAGGAUUUUGGAAACGCCAACGCUUUCAGACUGCUCGAAAAAUACAGAAAUAAAUACUGCACCUUCAACGACGACAUCCAGGGAACCGCUGCCGUAGCCUUAGCUGGUUUACUGGCUUCCAAUAGGAAAACAGGAAAGAAGAUAUCAGAGCACAAGUUCUUAUUCUUCGGAGCUGGCGGUGCAGCCCUUGGAAUUGCGGAUCUGUGCGUCAAGGCCAUGGAAAGGGAAGGUAUGAGCGAGGCCGAGGCUAGGCAGAGGAUUUGGAUGAUCGACGUUGACGGUUUGGUGACGAAAUGCAGAAGUCAGCUUCUUGGACAUCAGAAAUACUACGCUAAGGAACAUAACCCCGAGAAAGAUUUCUUGAAACUCGUAAACGAAAUUCAACCUUCUAUCUUGAUUGGGGCGUCUGCUACUGGUGGUGCUUUCACUCCUGAUAUUCUGAGAUCGAUGGCGUCCUUCAACAAGCAUCCCAUAGUGUUUGCUCUCAGUAAUCCCACUGCCAAAGCUGAGUGUACUGCGCAACAAGCAUAUGACCACACAGAGGGUCGAGUUGUGUUCUGCAGCGGUUCGCCCUUCCCUGACGUGCAUUAUGACGGCAAAAUUUACCACCCUGGACAGGGCAACAACGCAUACAUCUUCCCCGGAGUAGCUCUUGGAGUUAUCCUAGCUGGCGUUCAUCACAUCAUCGAGGAUUACUUCAUCAUAGCUGCGCAAACGGUCGCCGAUAACGUGAAGGAAGAGGACCUUGCGAAGGGUAGCCUUUACCCUCCUUUAGGGUCGAUAAGUGAAGUAUCCUUGCAGAUUUCUACCCUCAUCAUGGCUGAUGCUUACAAGAACGGUAAAGCUACAUUUUACCCAGAACCAGAAGAUAAGCGAAAAUUCGUAGAAUCGCAACUGUACAGUCACUUCUACGAGAAAUCUCUGCCUUCUACGUGGAAAUGGCCGGAAGCUCCGAAAAUCCCGACCAAACCUCUUACAUCCAAAACGAAAAUAACAGUUUCUUAAGUUAGGACGUGUACGUUUCGGUAAAUCUGAAAGUAUUUAUUUAUAUUUCGCUGUGAUUUCAUUUGUAUUAGAAAACGUUGAAGAGAAAAAAUGUUACGACUAUUGUAUGUAUAUUGUAUGAAUUAUACAUAAGAAUAAAAUUGAUUUCGAUUUGA